ACCUUUUUGAUCAAUCUGUGCUUUUAGCAGCGAAAGGUCUACAAGCGAAUCUCCUACACUACAACCCUUCAAAAAUUAAACAUGUCUUCUUCAACUUCAAGCACAGUUCGUCGCCGUCCGGUGUCUUCCACCGAAAAAGAAGAAUCCCCCAACUCCAGUCUCCCCAUGAAACAGAUCCCCGGCAACUAUGGCCUUCCCUUUAUUGGCCCGAUAAAGGACCGGCUCGACUACUUCUACAACCAAGGUCGAGAUGAAUUCUUCAAGACCCGCAUGCAGAAAUACGGAUCAACCGUCUUCCGAGCUAACAUGCCUCCCGGUCCAUUCAUGGCUUCCAACCCCAACGUCGUUGUGCUUCUCGAUGCCGUAAGCUUCCCUGUUCUCUUUGACGUUUCCAAGGUGGAGAAGAGGGACCUCUUCACCGGCACUUACAUGCCCUCCACCGCCCUCACCGGCGGUUACCGCGUCUGCGCUUAUCUAGACCCAUCGGAGCCCAACCACACAAAGCUCAAGCGCCUUAUCUUCUUAUUGCUUUCGUCUCGUCACAGUAAAUAUAUACCAGAAUUCCACAAAAGUUUCUCCGUCCUAUUCGACAAUCUCGAAACUGAGAUUAAAAACAAAGGAGAAGCCAACUUCAAUAACCUCAACGAUAAGACUUCUUUCGAUUACCUUUUGAAGGCCUAUUUUGACAAGGACCCGGCUGAAACCAAGAUCGAGUCGAAGGGUUCGAAUUAUGUUACUAAGUGGCUGUUUUUCCAACUUUGUCCCCUGAUAACCCUCGGCUUGCCUAAACUUGUUAGCUUCGUGGAAGAUAUUCUUCUACACACUUUUCCUCUCCCACCAUUUCUCGUCAAGUCCGACUACAUGAAGCUCUAUGAUGUCUUCUACACCUCUGCCGCUGCACUUUUAGAUGAAGCAGAGAAAAUGGGGCUUAACAGAAAGGAAGCUUGCCACAACCUGCUCUUCGUUACGUGCUUCAAUGCCUACGGKGGGAUGAAAAUUCUUUUCCCUGCCUUAAUGAAGUGGGUUGGCUUAGCUGGAGAAGAGCUUCACAAACAGCUAGCCGACGAGAUCAGAGCAGCGGUUAAAGCGGAGGGAGGUGUGACCUUAAAUGCAAUAGAGAAGAUGCCACUUACAAAGUCGGCAGUCUACGAGGCAYUGAGGAUCGAACCGCCUGUKAUGUUYCAGUAYGGSAARGCCAAGAAGGAUUUGGUGAUCGAGAGCCACGACGCGGCUUAUGAAGUGAAGAAAGGCGAGAUGAUAUUUGGGUUUCAGCCGUUCGCCACCAAAGAUCCGAAGAUAUUCGACAAAGCAGAGGAGUACAUUGCUAGCAGGUUCGUUGGAGAGGGAGAGAAGCUGUUGAAGUAUGUGUUCUGGUCUAACGGACGGGAAACGGAGAAUCCGACGGAGGAGAAUAAACAGUGCCCCGGAAAGGAUUUUGUGGUGUUAGUAGCGAGGCUUCUGCUGGUGGAAUUCUUUCUGCGUUUUGAUACUUUCACAGUUGAGGUUAGUACCAUCUUGUUGGGGCCUUCGGUGAAGGUGAAGUCCUUAACCACUGCCAGGAUUUCCACCCCAUAAAGUUGGAUAAAUUCGUAGUUUUACUAGACAGUGAUUGCAUUCUUGUUUUUUUUUUUUCUUUUC